GCGGGGGGUGCUGCUGAGCCCCGGACAGCUGGAGGGGGUAAACAGGGGAGGGGGGGGGGGGGCACGGCCGGGGCCUAGGCCGGGCCGCGCCUGAGGGCCCUCCCCGCGCCCCGGGGACGGCGCCCGGCUCCUGUGGAGCCCCCUCUGGCUCCCCCCCCUCCGCUCGGUCCCGUUCUCCCCCCCGCAUGGAUGGAGCCUCGCAACUUCCAGUGCCCGCUGCGCCCGCACCGGGGAGGCCUGACAGGUAAUUAAAUGCCCUUAGUGUGGAUCUUUGCUCUGUUGGCAUGCUUGGAUGCACAGCAGCUCUUCCGAUAGCUUCUUUUCGUCUGCCCCAUUGCAAGAAGAUGGCAAAAGCAAACAUUACCAGAGACAUCAUCCACAGACAGAUCAAGGAGAGGGGUGCACUGGGCUUCGAACGACACUAUCAUGUCACUGAUCCAUUCAUUCGACGCCUGGGCCUAGAAGCAGAAUUGCAGGGUCACUCUGGGUGUGUCAACUGUCUAGAAUGGAAUGAAAAAGGAGACUUGUUGGCCUCUGGCUCUGAUGACCAGCAUACCAUUGUCUGGGAUCCUCUGCACCACAAGAAACUCCUUUCUAUGCACACAGGACAUACUGCAAACAUCUUUUCUGUCAAGUUCUUGCCACAUUCAGGCGAUCGGAUCCUCAUCACAGGAGCUGCAGAUUCCAAGGUGCAUGUCCAUGACUUGACUGUCAAGGAGACCAUCCACAUGUUUGGAGACCACACCAACAGAGUUAAGCGGAUUGCCACAGCUCCCAUGUGGCCUAACACCUUCUGGAGUGCAGCCGAAGACGGGCUAAUCAGACAGUACGAUCUGCGAGAGAACAGCAAACGUUCAGAAGUCCUGAUAGACCUGACAGAGUACUGCGGGCAGCUGGUGGAGGCCAAAUGCCUGACGGUCAACCCCCAAGAUAACAACUACUUAGCAGUAGGGGCAAGUGGACCCUUUGUGCGCCUCUACGACAUACGCAUGAUCCACAACCACAGAAAAAGCAUGAAGCAGAGUCCUUCAGCUGGAGUACACACAUUCUGUGACCGACAGAAACCCCUCCCGGAUGGUGCAGCACAGUACUACGUGGCAGGGCACCUUCCAGUGAAGCUUCCGGACUACAACAACCGGCUGAGAGUUCUGGUGGCCACAUAUGUCACCUUCAGUCCUGAUGGCACUGAGCUCUUAGUCAACAUGGGAGGGGAGCAGGUCUACUUGUUUGAUCUAACAUACAAACAGCGACCAUACACUUUUCUCCUCCCAAAGAAGUGCCAUACUUCAGGGGAAGUGCAGAAUGGAAAAACCUCUACCAAUGGAGUGUCAAAUGGCAUCCAUCUCCACAGCAAUGGCUUCCGCUUGUCUGAAGGAAGAGCACAUGUGAGUCCCCAAGUGGAGCUACCUCCAUAUCUGGAGAGAAUCAAGCAGCAAGCCAACGAGGCCUUUGCUUGCCAGCUGUGGACUCAAGCCAUUCAGCUAUACAGCAAAGCAGUCCAGAAAGCCCCCAACAAUGCCAUGCUGUAUGGAAACAGAGCUGCUGCCUACAUGAAGCGCAAGUGGGAUGGGGACCAUUAUGAUGCUUUAAGAGACUGCUUGAAGGCGAUCUCCUUGAAUCCAUGCCACCUGAAGGCCCAUUUCCGUCUUGCCCGCUGUCUCUUUGAACUCAAGUAUGUGGCAGAAGCACUGGAGUGUCUGGAUGACUUUAAAGGGAAGUUCCCAGAACAAGCACAUAGCAGUGCCUGCGAUGCACUAGACAGAGACAUCAAUGCAGCCCUCUUCUCCAAGAGUGAUAACGCUGAAGACAAGAAAGGGGGUGGCCCCAUCCGGCUGCGAGCCACAGGCCGCAAGGAUUCCAUCUCAGAGGAUGAGAUGGUGCUGAGGGAGCGCAGCUAUGACUACAAAUUCCGAUAUUGUGGCCACUGUAACACUACUACAGACAUCAAAGAGGCCAAUUUCUUUGGCAGCAAUGCACAGUACAUAGUCAGUGGGUCAGAUGACGGCUCCUUCUUCAUCUGGGAGAAAGAAACCACCAACCUUGUUAGAGUGCUGCAGGGAGAUGAGUCGAUUGUGAAUUGUCUCCAGCCUCAUCCCAGUUACUGCUUCCUGGCUACCAGCGGCAUUGACCCAGUUGUACGACUGUGGAAUCCUAGGCCAGAGAGUGAAACCCUUAAUGGGCGCGUGGUAGUAGACAUGGAAGGUGCUUCCCAAGCUAACCAGAGACGAAUGAAUGCAGACCCGCUGGAGGUGAUGUUGCUGAACAUGGGGUACCGGAUUACAGGACUGACCAGUGGUGGGGCUGGAGGCUCAGAUGAUGAAGACAGCUCGGAGGGGCAAGUCCAGUGCCGGCCCAGCUAAAACAGAACUGCCUCUCCUUCCUCUAAUUGUUUGGCUGAAAGGGAACCUAGUUUCCUUGGUCCUGAACUUUCUCUGAUGAAUGACUGCACUGUUUCGCACUAUGCACAGAGUAGGACAAGCUGGCAGGGGCAGGAGCGGCCGUCUCUUUAAAACAUCGUCACCACCUCCUCCUUCUCCCGUCACGCUACUGAGCAGCAUGUCAGUGCAGUCCGAGGUUUGCCUUUAGUGGAAUUUAGUCCCAACAGGGGUCUUUGAGUUGUCUGUAAGCAGUGUAAGCUGGUGAAUUUUUUUCCAGAGCUGCUGUAUGAUCUGGUAUAGAGGGAUGUUGCCUGCAUUCAUGCAUUUGGAGAGGGGAUGUUAAAUUCCUGAAUAAAAUACAAACCUAGGGCAGGGGUUAUGGAAUGAAUUUACUGCAGUGAUCUUGGUCUUGAAAGCUUGACUCUGCUUUUGUGCUACCAGUCUGUCUAGAGGCCCCUGGUUUAGGGUUGUUGGCCAUGAUACACCUGUUUUGUCCCAUAACAUCUUUCUUCUGGCUUCCAUCUCUUAACACGUUGUCACCAGAUGUAGCUGUGUUGUAUUAAGGACUGGAUAUUGCCUGUCUUGUCCCUGGGCAUCUGUCUUAGUUGAUCAAUCAGUGAAGGCACUGAGUAUGUGCAGCUCAACAGGGCAGGAUGUGAUUGCCCAGCUCUGAUACUUUCUUCUGUGGUCUGUGAACCCAUGGAGAAAGGUGACAGCAAUGGGAGCAGGUUUGAUCAGAGACCUAGGGCUCACGUAGCUAAAGCUACUGAGGAAAGGGGCUGGUAACAGCACUCUUCCAGAGCUGCUCUCUCCAUUUCCCAAAAUGUGUGUAGCUCUAUUCACCUUCUGCUCUCUAAGUCACCUGUGUUGGAGCUGAGAAUGUUGCCACCAUGUAUACGUUGCAACUAAAGUUUUGAGCUUUUAGGAAGCAGCAUUUUUGUGCAGUCAGCUGCUCUGUCUUGGCCGAGGUGGGCCUUCUUUGCCUCAUUGUUGGUAUAACAUCUGAUGGAUUAGUGGUCCUCUCAGGAACCCUCGUUCCUCUUCCCGCUCUCCACACACUGUCUCUGGCUGCAAAGCCCAGAGUACAGCUAGAAAUGCAGCACUGUACUUCCAUCCCUUCCCCUCUCAUGUAACAUGCAGCCCUGUUUUUCCCUCUUGCAGUUGCCAAAUGCUAAAUAUCAAAUAGAUCUUACACAGCUGUGCUACAACCGAAUCCGAAGAGGUUGUUUUUUCUAGGACUAUCAACUAAGACCAAAGAGCCCCUGGAGAUCCUAACUGCUCUGCGCUGUCUCGUAUCUCUUACUGCUGAAGGUCUGAACAUGCUAGCCUUGGUCCCAGGGGUGUGAGAUGUGUGUCUGGGAGUGUGUGCACAUGUGUGUAUGCUGCAUUAGGGCUGUUCUUCCAUGUGGUGCAAUCCCUGGUCUUCCUGUUCCUGCUGUGGAAAGAUGAGAGGCCUCCCUUUCCUUCUCUGGCUGCUUCUGGCUGCCAAGCAUUGAUGAGAGAGACUGCGCAGUGCUGGCUGAUCAAGGUAACUGGCUUCCUCUCCCUUCCAGAACAGUCUUUAUGAGAUGAGUGAGCCUUGUGCAGGAGGGAGAGAGGUCACAGUCUCGUAGCUGGCAGCAUCUCUCCAAGGACACUGUUCCCUGCAUAGAGAGAUCCCCCACACCCCCCUUGUAAUAGCAGUGGAGCUAACUGGGACCUGAUCUCUGCCCUUCAGACAAAGAUGUCCAUCUGCUCUUUCACAUGUGGGUGAAACUGAGCCUUGGUGAACCCCGGUCUUGUGGGAGCAUGCCCCUCACUGCCCAGAAACGACUGGCUACCCUUGUGCUCUGCUGAGCUGUGAUGGCAGACUCGCGCUCCAUCUUCUCCUGCUGAAGCAGAGCUCUCCUGGGACAGAUUGUCACUUGGCUGCUGAGGGCAUGUUUGCUUGUUCUCAUUGCAGUACCAGCGCAUUAGAUGUGACUACUUGCUCAGUUUACCUGUUUGGUUGUGUACAAGCUCCCACACCCCAGGUGUACCCUGGCACUCAAUGCUCUUCAAAACCCAGAGACAGCAGAAAAUUCUUCUCACUUGGGUGGCUUUUUGACAUGGUCUGGCCUUUUCUUUUUUUUUGCUUAAGGCUUUCCUACUAGACGCAUCCUCUUUUUUUUUUUCUCUCUUCUCCUCCCACUCAAACUUUUUUUUCAGCUUUCAGUAGACAAUGUCUGCAGGCUUUGAUUUUUAAACUGGGAGGCUGAGAUAGAAAGCUCUGAAGAGAACAGACCUCUCCCUCCCCAUUCACCUUUUGCUGUGGCAGCUAUUUUUUGUUGUUUUUACCCUUGUGAGACAGUGCAGCUCUUUUACCUGCCAGUUGCAGUGUGAAAGCUACAAGAUUCCCUGCCUCUGCAGUGGAUUGCUUUUUUUAAUGGCUGCUUUGGUUAAAAAAGAUAAAUAAUAAUGGGAGAGAAGGAGAGAGAAAAAUCUUUCUGCUUCUAGCCCCUUUUCCCCUUGUCGUGGGCAGAUUACCUGCUUUGUUGCUUGUUAAUGAGGAAUUUGUAUUUAUUGGUGAAGGAAGAAACAUGCUGGGGAAGUAGGGAAAAGAUGUUGCUUUAUUGACCUCUGCUGUUUACUUCAACCCCCUCUUUGGGAAAGCUUCUUCCUGCUCUUUCUGGUUAACUCUUUCUAGCCUGGGAUAUGCAGGGAUGCCUCUUUUAUUUUUGUAUUCUAGAAAUGGGCUCUCCGUUAGGAGACUCUAGGAUUCUCUUAGUGUUGCAGUGAUCAUUGCUUCUCGCUUUUUCAAGUACUAAAGAUGAUCAUCUCGUAAACUUUGCCCCUGCAGUUGUAGAGGUAACACACAAGCCUUACUGCCCUCACUAGAAGGAGCAGAAAACUUGUUUCUCUGGUCCCUGGAAGAGAAAGGGUUAAGCAAUUAAACAGUUCUUUGUUCUAGUUCUUUCUUGGUGUCAUUUUGUUUGGGGGAUUGUUCUGGCUUUGUUCAACCUUUCUCCUCUAUGGAGGUGGACAAGCGUGGGUGGGGGGGUGGCCUGGUUGGGCUGGAUGUUGUCUAUUCAACAGUGCUGCUUCUUGGAGAAUAGACGCCCCAGUAAACUUGAGUGGGAAGGGGGCUGGGGAGCCCAAAACAUGGCUUGUAAGCUGUGGUGGCUACUGAGUUAGUGCUGAUGUUAGUUUGUGCAGGUGUGGGGAGCUCAGAUCUAUCAGUGGACCAAGGGCUGGGGCUGUGUUUGGGAGCAGAGUCUGCCUCUGGCUUGGUUUAGAGCUAAAGCUGCAAACGUUGGAGUGAGGAUGAGAACGGCUGCCUGGGGCUUGCUGGAGAAGAGAGAAGUGAUGCACACGUCUUACAGAAAGAUGAAUGGUGCUGUAAUGGAGUUAGUUUCUCUGAAUUACGUUUUGUCAGGGUGGGGGGUAAAAUUGUUAAAAUCCUCAUUGAGCCCCUGCUGAACCCAAGGGUUAGAGGUGAGUGAGGGGGAGGCAAAAAGCUGUGUAGGGAAAAUUAACCCAUACUUGCCUUUUAGCUCUUCUUAAACAGUAAAUAGCCUCUUGCCCUGAGAAGCAGAGCCCUGGUGGCUUAGGCUGCGGGGCAGACCCAAGGUCACCUACCUGAGUCACCAUGUUACUGACUGAUCUUCUGAGACCUUUCCGCUGUCAGAAACAGCGCACUUACUGCCUUAAAGUGUCUCGCACUCAGCAUGGUGUGUUGGACAUCAACAUUUAGACCCAGAGAUGAUCCCUUGCUAAAGGAUAUCACAAACUCACUUUCUUCUCUGGGCUCCUGCAGCAAAACCUCCCAAAUACUUUCCUGCCCUCCAAGCUGCAGAAUGCCAGGCCUUAAGUAAGAGUUAGAAAACCAGUCUGCUAUUUUCAGAAUCCAUUUGAAGUCUUCUCUUAAAAAUUCCCAUUGGACACCUUUCAGCUGAAGGCCUUUAGAGGCCUCUUCAUUUCAAAUCCUGUCUGAUACAAAUUAUUGCUUUAAAAGACAGCUCUGCUCUAACAAAGCAAUGCGCAUCCACAGCUGGAAUUGGCAAUCAACUAAUUAGGUCAGAUCUUGGACUGAAUGGCUGGACAAAGAGGAAGCAUGGAAGGGGAAGCUGAGUGGUUGAAUCGUGGGUGGAAAUGGCUAGAAGGACCCAGGAAAUGAGUUUUAUUUGUAAUUUGGGUAAGGGAAUUGGGUUGAGGAGGGAGAGGAGCGAUAUGCUCUGGGAUGUGGGGAGAAGAGCAAUCACAGCCCUACUGAUGAGAUCACUUUUCUCGGAUGUCACAGUGCCAGGAACAAGUCUGCAAAGGGCUCAAGAUGGCUGCUGUCUCUGAGCAAAAUGGGAGCAGGAUGUCGGAAAACUGCCUGCUGUUGUUGCAGUGAGGAAUUCAGUCCUCUGCCUGUUAUGCUUCUCGUAGCUUGUUCAGGCCUUGCUGCUGCAGGAGGUGAGACUGAUCGGGACCAGCGCCGGGGCUGGCAAGGAGAAAAGGUGGGCCUUUUUGUGGAUUUCGUAGCUGAGAAAUGAUUGUGACCUGCACUUGGCUCUUUGAGCGCUUCCACCUUGUGCCCCUUGUCCCUGAGAAACUGGUGGCUUUUCCUUUAAACAUAAAAGUUGCCCUGUGGGUUGGCUGUGUCAGUUGGAGAGGGAGAGAGAAGGAAAUGCAGCUUUCAAGUGACAGGGAAGCAGAAAAGACCUGAAGGUUAAAGCUGAGGGGUGAGAUGGCUUAGGGGCAUUGCUUUUGGGGUGGGUGGCUGAGCCUGCGUAUGUUCUUUCGCUUGUGAGUAGCACCAUCAUCAAUACAGAUGAGAGUGACGUUUCUGGUUCACGCUGAGCGAUUAGAGGCUGUCAGAUUGCAGCAGGCACAGACCACAGGAAAGGAACAACAAAAACGCAAAGCAACCCACCCCAGCAUCACCUCCAGGGUGGGGGAAGGACGCCUUGGUGUCCUCCAUCAGCCUGUGCCUCGGUGACAUUUUAAAUAGACUCCUGCACGCGGUGUUGCCUGCUGCUGCCUCGGUUGUCAAUGUCAGAAGGGGGAGGGGAUCUCUUCCUUGAGUGGUUUGGUCCUGGCAGUCCCUGUAAUGUUUGAGCUGUCACAACAGGGAAGGUUCCCAAGGAAGCCGCUUUACUGAACAAGAGCUGGCUGGGUGCCUGCUUCUUUCAGGCUCAGAGAUGAGCCGGGGUAGAAAGGGGAGGUAACCAAAUCCCUUCCAGGCCGAGCUCCAGCUAUAGCCAUGGUGGCGUGUGCUUGGACAAACCGGUGUGCGGUCUGGGCCGCUUCUUCCCAGAGCAGACAGGCUCUCCUCUCGGAAGGGCUCUGCAUCUCCAGGGUGUGAGUGAUGCAUUGGCACCUGCAGUGAGUAGGCAAAGAUCGUUGUCCUGAGGAUGUUUUGGGCCAACGGGAAGUAGAGCUGCUUCCUUGCUGACAACAGGAGAGAGGAGCCAUUGAUGGCAAGUCGCUGGCACAAGUAGGAGUGAAACCUUUUGUUUCUUGUCAAAUGAGAGAUUGCAAAAACAAUGAUGGCAGGAUUCCUGCUCUGUACAUCGAUCCAGUCUUGUAGUCAGGCAAGAUAGCUGCAAUAAAAAGCCCGGCCUUUAAUUUUAUGCAUGGAGAACUUCUUACCUGCUCUCCCCUCCCUGUCCGUGUCGUUGUGUCCCCCCCCCCCCCCCCCCCCCGCAGUUUCUUUUCCAACUGCAGCUAUUUUUCCCUGCUGACUUCAGGUGUUUUGUAUUCUGCUUAGAUCAAUAGCAGUAGAACAGCAGCAGCUUUCCAGUUGUCACUAGGAAGACCCUGCUGUCAGCUACAGCUCACCCGUUUUCUGCCAGUGCGGUAUUGGGGAUGGAGAGCCCUUCCGCUUGCCUGACAAACACAAAAGAAAGCUGUGCAGUACAGGAGUGCUGUAUUGAUUUUUUUUUUCUUUGGUUUUUUUUUUUUUUUUUCUUUUUUAAAUCCAGCCUGGGGAAAACGGUGUUCUUCCUGUGCUCCAGCAGCUGGUUUGCCUUCCUGCACUUAGUUUAAGAGAGAAUAAACUGGGCUGUCUGAAAUGCCCCCUGCCCAUGCGGGAGGGGAGGGUAUGAGGCGGCACUGCAGGGAGAUGCGUCCUGCUGAGGCUGUCGGUGUCAUCCUUGCUGUGUGGCUUUGCCAAGGGAGCUGGUCCCUGGUGAUACGCUGCUUAGCAGCCUCCGAGACACAAGCAGGAAGAGCAAAUCCAUUGCCUAAUCCGACAAACGCGCCAGGACCACAUUAGCUGAUGCGAACAUUGGCCCCUAUUCAUAGAUUUUUAACAAUCUCUGAUACUUACGUUAGCCUGGAGCAAAUCAAUGCAAGUAUUUUUCUUCAUUGAACAAAGUGUUCACUGAAACACAUACAACCUUUGUGUGCAUCUUCCAUCCAAAGUGCCAAAAUAGGAAGUGUCUGUUGGAAACCAAAGCACCAGGCAUGGCUUUGCUCUUAAGGGUGUCUAUAUUUCCUCGGCUUUCUCUCUUUUGUAACUGGACUAUUUUGUGAAUUCCCUCACCAUCAGAUUCCGAGGAGCACGAUCUCAGGCUCUUGAUCAACUCUUGAUGCAGUGACAGGUCACGCUGAGACGAUGCCCACGCUGUAGCUUGACGUGAGCUGCUCUGCAUGAGCACCUCGGUUGAUGGCUCUGCUUCCAUCCAGCUGCCUCUGAAGCAGCCCUCCUUCUUGGAGGGGCUGUCCUAAAACAUGGUCUAGACUAGGAAAUAAGGUGGGAUGUUAGAUGAUCUCUUGAGGGCUUGGUAGAGGCAAGGAAAUGUAGUCUUCAGUGCAUUACUAAGCUAGUUGUGUUGAAGCCUGAGUACUCAUAUGACAAGUUAGCGUGUAUUGAGGGCGGGUAGGCCACCUCCGCACUAGACUGUUAGCCAAUGCUUUCUACUGCCAUACCGGCAACUCCCAACUGGUGUCCCCUCUGAUGUGCCUCUGCUGUCGGUAGAGGUUACGGAUCUCCUGGGCUUUCAAGCUGGAAGCUUCCUUAGUCUAAAAUUCAGUGAGCGUGUUAAGUGCUGUUCUGUCCCCAGAACAGAGACUACAUUGAUAAAUGUGGAAGGCUGGACUCAGCUUAAUUAUUGAGCAGUCAGGUAAUGGAAAGCAGAAUGCAUAGAGAUAAGUCUUUGAUGAAGGAGAGAAAUUUCAGUAAAAAGUGGGGUGGUUAUGUGGAAGCUGUAAGUUUGUGACGACCAUUGGGAACGUGGCUCUUGCCGUUAACAGGGUUUGCUAAUAACAAAAGCCAGCACCUUCUGUGAGCAGAGUGCUUGGCUCUGCAUUGCCUCUGCUCUGUGUGAGGAGGAACCUAACCACGUGCAGGAAGGGGCCAAGACUGUUUUAUUAGCAAAACCCCUUGGCAUCAUGCUGUGUAACGUCACAAACUGUGCUGGAGAGCUCUGGUAACUACAGGGCUUGAAGGGAAAUGCAGCUCAAGGUCUCUGUGUGAGGAGGAAACGAGCAGCUUCCACGGAAAGCAUGGAAGGAUGCGAAGAGGAGAGUGGGGGCUGGACGCUCUGCAGCUCUCCUGCACCUGCUGGGCUGAACGUCCCUGUCCUGGGUCUGCUGGGCUGGGGCAAGCGAUGUCCUCCCUGUUCUUCCCACUAGUUCAGUGAGUUGUCACUCUGUAUUUUGCCGAGUGUGUUGUGGUGGGUGGAAAUCUGGAAUAAACAUAUUUCUUCUUCAGCUUUCUCGUGUAGUUUGAAUUAAACUUCCUAAUAAAGCAAUUGUUAUUUUUCUAA